AUGCUGCGGAUCCUGUGCCUGGCCCUCUGUGGGCUGCUGACAGGCAUGCGGGCUGACCCCGGGGCACUGCUGCGGCUCAGUAUGGACCUCAUGAACCAUGAGGUCCAGAGUGCCAUGGAGGAGAGCCACAUUCUGGAGAAGAUGGCAGCGGAGGCGGGCAAGAAACAGCCAGGGGCGAAACCCAUUAAGGGCAUCACUGAUCUGAAGGUGUCGGAUGUCCUGGUGCCUGUCAUCACACUGAACUUCGUACCCGACGUGGGCAUCUUUCAGUGUGUGUCCACUGGCAUGACCAUCAACGGCAAAAGCUUCAUGGGUGGAAACAUGGAGAUCAUCGUGGUCCUGAACAUCACAGCUACCAACCGGAUGCUGCAGGAUGAGGAGACAGGCCUCCCCAUGUUCAAGAGUGAGGGCUGUGAGGUCAUCCUGGUCAGUGUGAAGACCAACCUACCUAGCAACAUGCUGCCCAAGGUGGUCAAUAAGUUCCUGGACAGCACCCUAAACAAAGUUCUCCCUACAAUGAUGUGUCCGGCCAUCGAUGCUGUCUUGGUGUAUGUGAACAAGAAGUGGGCCAACCUGAAUGCCCCCAUGCCCGUGGGCCAGGCCGGCACUGUCAAAUACGCCCUGUCAUCCAUACCGACCACCACAGCCAACUACAUUCAAGUGGACCUAACUCCUUUGGUGCAAGAGCCAGAGGGGAACACCAUCGAGCUUCCUGAUGGCGGAGAGGCCUUCGCAGCCCCCGGGGACUAUGCUGAAGGCUCGUCACAGCUGCUGCUCUCUGCUGCCUUCCUCACGGGCGAGCUCACCCUCCUGCAGAAGUCCUUUGGUGUGAAAAUCAAGGACAAAAAGAUUGGUUCGCUGCCCCCCCUAACCACCAAGACCCUGGCUGGCUUCAUCCCUGCAGUGGCUAAAGCCCACCACAAGUCAAAGCCCUUGGUGACUCAGAUCAAGAUAAACAAGCCCCCAAAGGUCACCAUGAAGUCAGGCCAGAGUCUGCUGCACCUCCACGGCACCUUAGAGAUGUCAGCUGCUCGGCGGAAGGGCAAGGCGCCCGUGUCCCUCUUCCUCCUGGAAGUGCACUUCAACCUGAACAUCCAGUUCUCAGUGCAAGAGGACCAGCUGCACAUGACCACCUCACUCAACAGAUUGCUGAGCCUGACCCGGAAGUCCUCAUCGGUUGGCAAAUUCAAUGAGCAGGACCUGACUGGCUUCUUCACCGAUUAUCUCCAAGAGGCCUAUGUCCCAGUCGUCAACGGUGUGCUCCAGGUCGGGUUCCCGCUUCCAGACUUCCUGGGCAUGAAUUACAACCGGGCUGAAUUGAACAUAGUGGAGAAUGCCCUGAUGCUGAAUUUGAAGUUGGAGUGA